UCAAUCGCUAUUAGCAGCUUGGCUCCCAAGGCUCACCUGUCGGUACCUUUCUUCCCAAGCUUUUUCCAUCACCGACUCAAAUUCCUAUAAAUCCAAACAACCAAAGUAUCGUGUUCUUCAUUAACAAGACUCUUUCUUUGUUCUUUUUUUUUUUUUAAUCUUUACAAGCCCACAAUCGGAAGCAGGCAAGAUGAGAAGAGAGGGGCGGCCACAUGGAAUGGUUAGGGCCUAUGCAGUCUUGCCACCUCCAUGGAACCCUAAACCUGGAGGAGACAGAAAGUUCAACAAGUUUGAUACACCCACAACAGCCGGAUUGUUCACCAAGGUCUCAUCAAAGCCCACAAACCACUCCAAAUUCACAGGGAAAUGCGGUAAGCCACGGUGCUUAGAAUGUCACCUGCAACCAUGUUGCAAGGCCAAGCACAAAGCCAAAGGAUCCCAUAAGGUAAAAUCACAAGAUGUUUUGUCUAAUUCCAAUGCUCAGUUUCUUGCUUGGCGGGUUGUGAAUGGCCGGCAUGGCUCGAAUCUUUCUGGGUUUUCUGCCACGGGGAUGUUGAACCAUUUGGCCAGUACUGGUGACCAUGACUAUGCAGAUGAAGUACUUGAUGAUUCGGGACAUGAGAAUGAUCAAGAGUUUGUUGAUGAUGACGAUGAGAAUUAUAUUGGUGAUCGUGUUAAUAUCAAGAACAUUGAAGAAGAAGAUGGUAUGAGUUACUGUGAUGUGGGAUUUGAGGUGGACCUAGCUGAAGGAGAUGAAGAUUGGUGUUUGGUGGCAGAGAAGGCAUGAUGCCAUUGCCAUGUCAAUGUCGGUGCCUGUCAUACCUUUCUUGAACAUUUUUCUACAGUACUUUCUUCUAAUUAAAUAAUUGUAAUUUGUACAAGAUGAAUUAUUAAUUAAAUGCAGUAUUAAUUAAAUAAUUUUUAUA